AUGGCUCUUCGUCCAGAGCAGGCUGCUGAGAUGAAGCAAAAAAUUCAAGACCAUCUGAAUAAGAUGGAUAUUCGCGGGAGAAUCCGGGAGGUGUUGUCUGAGACUUUGAGGGAUGAUCAAGGUGCAGCACGUCAAGUGUUAUCUGAGGCAGACUUCCUCCAUGCUCUUCAGCGUAGAGGCAUCAUCGACGACGUGAUGAAGGACCUCUACUUUUCUCAGGUAAUACCCACAUGUAUGGAAGAAAGCGCUCCGCCAAAAUCCGCCCCUCGUUUGAUUGAAGAAGAAAAUGUUCGGCUAACAAAACCCCAUAUUAACCCAUACAGACGUCACCUUUAUUUGCAAGUGCUUGGUGGUAAGGCCUUUUUGGAGCACCUUCAGGAGCCAGAACCUCUACCUGGUCAGGUUUGCUCCACGUUUAAGUUAUUUCUGCAUUUCCGAAAUCAAAGGUUUCAUUCGAAACCGGUGCCCUGUGCCUGUGACCCUGACCUGCAGGAGGGCUUCCUCUUCGAGAUCCAUACAGAUAGCACAGGAGAGGGAAGUAAGAUAGUAGAUGCUACCACUAUGCUGUCCAUUUGUGAUCCAGUUCACUUGGUGUUGAUCAAGACUGACACCUCCAGUGAGACGACUUUGGUGUCAUCCCAUUUCCUAGACUGGAGGCCAGUCCUCAGUUCACCCAGUGGGAAGACAUGCUUGGCUCUAGAAUUUAUGGGAGUUGGAAGUGAAUGCAAGUUGUCCGCUGGUGUUUUGACAGUCAGUCUUGAGCUCUAUCCGCCACUUACAGAGACGCUAAAUGCUGACAUCAUCAGUACACAGCAAUCUCUAGAAAGGCAGAGGAAAGCAGAGAGGGAGCGAAUCUUUUUGGUUUAUGCCAAGCAGUGGUGGAGGGAGUUUCUUGAAAUCCGCUCAUCGAACCAGUCCAAAAUGGUCAAAAUAUUUGCGCAGGAUGAAAAUGGUAUCAACAGGCCGGUGUGUUCCUAUGUGCAUAUCCUCCGUGCUGGCCGACUCCUAGAGAGUCCUCGACGGGCGGCUCGCUUUGUCAGCCUUCUGGCGCAUGAAAAGGCUCCGGUAGUGGGAGGAGGAGAGAAACAUGAGCAGUGGUGCACAUUGUUGGCUUUCCUGUGUAGAGGAAAGGGGGACUGUGAAGAUCAUUCGACCCUGUUGUGCAGCCUCCUCUUGGGCUUCGGCCUUGACGCCUAUGUUUGUGUGGGCACCAAAGCCAAGGGCAUACCUCAUACCUGGGUCCUGACCCGAGGAACUGAUGGAAGUAUCACUUUCUGGGAAAGCCUGACCGCACACAGGUACCUUCAUCAAGCCAUAGACCCAGAUGCCCCACCUCUGGCCCCCCAACCAAAACCAUCAUACCCCUACCGCACUGUGGGCUGCAUUUUCAACCACCAGAGCUUCUUUGCAAACUGUCAGCCUUCUGACGCUGUGGAGCUUUGUGUCUUUGAUCUCCAGAAUCAAUCUCGUUGGAAAGCAAUGAGUGAAGAGGCUCUGAAGUCAGUGUGUGUCUCUGGUGCCACCAGCUCUCUGCCCCCUCUCCCUCCACUCAGCUCAUCAUCUCUUGAUGCGGCUGCUGUCAGCAAUCAGCUGGAGCUUGAGAUGAGGCACUUGAUCUUUGAGCACAGGAAGGACAUGAGCUUGACAACAAUCUGGGAUGACCAUUUGUCCUACCUGCUGUCCUCAGCCUUGUCAGCCUAUGAGAUGGAGCGCUGCACUGGUGUCUCAUGUGGAAAUGAGGAAUUUCAGGAUGCAGUAAGGAGGGCUGUCCCGGACGGGCACACAUUUAAAGGCUUCCCCAUCCACUUCCUUCACCGCAAUGCCCGUAGAGCUUUUUCCACAUGCCUCAAGUCGCGAUUCUGCGAGGAGAUAGUGUGUUGCCGUGGUGACCAUGUGAGGAUGGCCCUGCGUGUUCGAGUCUUUAUUUAUCCAGAAAAUGUUUGUGCCGUGUGGUUCAUGUUUGCGUGUAAAUAUCGCUCUGUGCUCUGA